CCCUGUUUCUUCUCUCCAGACCAAGUCCACUGGGAAGGAUGAAGGAAUCACCAGGUGGCUGUUGGUGUUCCUGCUUCAGCCUGGGAAAACCAUCUUCUGGGGCCAAACGCCAACCGCAGUGCCGUCCCAGGGAGCCCUCAGAGACAGACGUUGUAGUCCUGGCAGGCGAUUCGAGCUCUUGUCAACCCAGAUGUGCCAGAGCAAGUAGCGAUGCUGGGCUGUGUGCUUCCACCAAUGGAGAGCUGUUAGGAAGCACAAAUGGCUGCGGUUCAGUUGACAGCCUGCCGCAUAACAACAGUGACGGACACGAGGAGCUCAUCCAAGUCCAAGCCCUCGUUUCUCCCGGCUCUGCUGAAGAUGCUGACCUGAGCCUGCCAGACACCACAGGCACCAGCCUGGACUGUGACCCGGUGCCUCUGCAGUGCAGCCCAGCCCAAGCACAGCCUGAGUGCCCCGACAGCAGCACCUCCGUGCAGGAGCAGGUCAGCAACAGUGAGGAGAAGCCGUGCCUCAUGGACGGGGACUUAGAAUCAGGCCUCUAGUCCCAGGCACCGUGCAGCGGCUCUGAGAGCUCUGAGCCACUCUCUCCGUGACCUUUCCAUCCAAGAGAGGACGAUUCCCAUCUUUACCUGGACCUCUCACGCCCUCCUGUCUUUUCCUUUAAUAAUAAAACCACACUUGUGCUCACUCAA